AUGAGGUUUUUUCGCAAAGAUAAGGACAAGAAGAAGCAGCAGCAGCAGCAGCAGCAGGGUCAUCAGCAGCAAAAGUCCCACGAUUUCACCGACCAGCAAUUAUCCAAGUACUCGUCGCAGGUCCAGCAGAACUACCGCAACGUUGUCUCGCCGCCUGGCACCCAUAUCCCGACCCGAGCCUCCGCUGCCCUCUUCCGGAGCCUGCCAAAGGAGAUCCUCCCGCGGAUCUUCUCCUUCGUCUGCCCGCACACCCACGAUGAGACGUACGAGACGUGCGAGACGAGCGCCAUCUUCGACGCUUGCAUGCUAUGCGACCUGAGGGAUCUGGCCCAUUGCGCGCGCGUCUGCUGGAAAUGGAACCAGGUGGCCAACGCCCUGCUGUACCAUAGCAUCCGCAUCGACGCCGUCCACUACUGCCCUCGCGAGAUCUACCUGUCGGAGCAGCGCAAGCGCAAGACCUUUUUCAAGCGUAACGCUGACCCUGAAGACACCCCCACUGUUCGCCUGAAGUUGCUAUGCAGGACCCUGCGCGAAGACCCCACGCGCUUUGGUGCCCGAGUUCGCUAUUUCAAAGUGCCCUACAUGCUCCGGGAGGCCGCUACAGCCGAUCUCGCUCGCAUCAUCCACGUGCUUCCGAACCUGCUCUACGUCGACCUGCCCGAAGGUCUCUUCGCCGACGAACACGGAUAUGCCACGCUGAGGCUCGAGGUUGAGGCUAGAUGCCGAGACCUCCGCAAGAUGACAUACCACGGAGGCGCCGAGGGCAGCUUGUCUAAGAUUGCGCGCGGCGGUAUUUGGCAGAACCUUGAGGUCCUCGAGCUGAUUAAGAUCAACAUGGACCCGAUCGUUCUGCGGCAUGCUCUGGCCAACCUGCGGAUGCUACGCGCGUUGAAGGUGAUGGACUCGCGAGCCUUCUCGGACGAUAUUUUCGCCCGCAGCGAAGACCUGCCUCCUUUCCCGCCCCUUGAGGAGCUGAUCCUCAGCAACACCCCUUCGGUCACCACCAACGGCUUGGUCGACUACCUGAGCCGUGCUGAUACUCGCAACCACCUCCUCGUCCUAUCUCUCCUCAAGACUGGGGUUCACCCCGCGACACUCGCCGAUAUUCUGUCUGCGGCUACGAACCUGCAAACGCUGGCCAUCGAGGCCUCGGUAAGCGACCCUUUCAAAAGUGGACCGAAAACGCGUCGGCUCGCGUCAACCUCUCUGGAGUCGCUGCGCUUCGAGAUCACUGCGCACAAGUCUGCGGGCCCCUACUCCAGCGUGACAGCUAGUUACUACACAUACCUGGCGGCAUCGCUCAGGGGCAACGGCAUGCCCAACUUGAGGUCGGUUUACGUCCUGGACGAAUAUUUCCAAGACGAGCUCGAGGGUCUGCCUCGCCCCGCAGCACCGUUCUCGUACGGCGCCAACGCUCGACCCAAGUCAUCUCACUCGGUCACUUCGCAUCGGCCAAUGUCGGGCUUGCAUAGCGGUAGACGUGGUGGACUCGCACCACCUAGCAGCGCCGGCAUGGCGGUUCCCCGUCCCUUCGCCGCGGCUUCGAACGUUCGCGCCUCGCAGCGCUUCAGCUCUACGAACCCCUUUGCUGGCACAGGACCGCUGUCUCACCCCCUCACGAUCUAUACCAAGGCGGACGACGCACUAGACUGGUCGUCGGUGAUGAUCCGGCCUACAGCGCCUAUGGGCGGCGGAUCCCACCAUCGCGGGAGCAUGAGCUUCCACGGCGACCGUCCCAUCAGCUCCUACGGUCUGGGUGCUGAUAUCGCGGGCUCUGGGUGGAACACGGCGGCAGCGAGGAAGAGUGUCAUGGUUGGCAACGGCGCGGGCAUGUUCGUAGCCAUUCCGAGCCAGAGCACCGGCGGCAGCAAGGGAAGUGAUGAGGACCUGUGGCCCAGACCCAGCACAGCGAACAACGAAAAGAAGUCGACGGACCUUUGGCGGUGA